AUGAAGAACCAAACAGUUGUGGACGAAUUCAUUUUACUGGGAUUUCCCAGCAUCCUAAAAGUAAGAUUUCUGGUGAUUGUGGGCGUCUUGAUGAUCUAUAUCUUGACCGUCACUGGGAAUAUUGUCAUUGUUGCAACUGUGGUUUAUGACCCUAAUCUCCAUAAGCCAAUGUACUUCUUCCUCAGCAACCUCUCAUUCUUAGGAAUCAUGUACGUGACAGCUACAAUCCCUAAAUUUUUGGUCAAUUUACUCACCAUCAAGAAAUCUAUCAGCCUGACUGGUUGCAAAGCUCAGGCUUUUUCCCACUUUUUCCUAGGGGCCACAGAAUUCUUCCUUCUGACUGCUAUGGCGUAUGACCGUUACAUGGCCAUCUGCCACCCCCUUCAUUAUCACGCAAUCAUGAGUAGCAGAGUUUGUGUUCAACUGGCUUGUGGAUCCUGGUUUGGUGGUCUGAUGACCGUUUUGGUACAAACCGUUCUAGUGUUCCGGCUUCCAUUCUGUGGCCCCAAUACUAUCAAUCACUUCUAUUGUGAUGUUGGACCAUUGCUAAAGCUGGCUUGCACUGACACUCAUCCCAUUGAAUGGAUAGUCUUUGUGGUUGCCACCAUCGUGGUGUUCAGCAAUUCCCUCUUGACGGUGGUUUCAUACAUCUUCAUAAUCUCCACUGUGAUGAAAAUCCCAUCCAUUUCUGGAAGACAAAAGGCUUUUUCUACUUGUAUCUCUCACUUAAUUGUUGUUAUUCUGUUGUAUGGGGCAAUUAUUUUUAUAUAUGUCAGACCAACAGGACAUGCUUCGUUAAAUAUGAACAAGGUAGUCUCCCUUCUCAAUACUUUGGUUACACCAUUGCUCAACCCUUUUAUUUAUACUCUCAGGAAUAAAGAAGUUAAAGAUUCUCUGAAAAGAGGAUUAACCUGGAAUAAAGUAUUUAAGAAGAGCCACAAAUAA